CUCCUUACAACAAAGACAGAUGUCAAAGACAAAGUGCCUGUUCCUGACCAUACCACUCUUGAUCUGCAAAGAUGGCUUCUAAGCUUCCGCCUCCUCCAAAAUUAACAGCAGAAGCUUUGAACGCUGCAGGAACUCAAAGACCGGAUCUGACAAGAAAGGAUUCUCAUGCUUCAGAUGGAUCUCAUUCUUCACAUUCCUCGCAUCAAGAAAGAGAAAGGCAAAGACAUCUCGGUGAAGGUCCGGGAGGUCCUCCUGGAGUCAUCAAACCAAUAGCUUCAACAGUAGCAAUCCUAUUUAUACUUUUCAUAAGUCAAGCUGCCGCGCUUUGGCUCUUCACAAAAGGAUUCUUAUUGACAAGGACGACAUUAGAAGGUGUUUCAAGGUGUGAUAGACCAGCACAAUCAUCAUUCGCUCUUCCUUCGCAGCUGAAUGGACUUGUACCCACUUCAGAUGCGGACUUUCAAGUCUGGCAAGAUGCGCUCAUCGAAGAAGCAGAAUGCACUUUACCUGCAAAGUACGAUCGAACAUUCAUGUGGAUCAUCGAUGCUCUACGAUUUGACUUUUUGGCCGAUACAAACCUAAGAGAUACCUCAAAUAAUCAAUCUUGGUCACCAAAUCCUUAUUAUCAUAACAUUCUCAACUCGCCGGCAAAACUGAACAAGGAACAAAAGAGUUUUUCCUUCUUAUCGCAUUUCCUAGCCGAUGCUCCUACGACCACAUUGCAAAGGCUUAAAGGCUUGACAACGGGCUCUCUGCCCACCUUUAUCGACGCCGGAUCAAAUUUUGGCGGAAGUGAAAUCACUGAAGACAAUUGGCUAUCACAGAUGCGUAAGAAAGCGGAAUCUAUACCAGGCCAAAAAGCAAAAAUGGGUAUGGCCGGUGAUGAUACUUGGCUUACCGUAUUUCCAACCAUUUUUGAUCAGGAAUGGCGCUUUCCAUUCGAUAGUUUCAAUGUUGAGGAUCUCGAUGGUGUAGACAGAGGGGUUGAAGAGACCUUGAAGCCAUUCUUGAACAAAGCUGAAAAGUCUUUGGCGGAUUGGCGAUUAUUGAUCGCGCAUACACUCGGGGUUGAUCACGUUGGCCAUAGAUUGGGCGCAUCGCAUCCGCGCAUGAAGUCUAAAUUGGAAGAAAUGCAAAGCUUUCUAGACUUCAUCAUCGAUAGCUUACCUGAAGAUGCUCUGUUCGUGCUUAUGGGCGAUCAUGGAAUGGACGAAAAGGGUGAUCAUGGCGGUGAUGGAGAAUUGGAGGUAGGCGCGGCUUUAUGGAUGUACUCAAAGAAAAAGGAUUUGGAAGGAUUGUCGGAUUCAGAGAUCAAGACAAUCAAUUCGAAAUCUGAAGCGCUUAUCAGCUCGCACCUUCCUUUUUCACUACUACCUUCACCGCCAUUUGAUGCAUUGGGCCAUCGAAGUAUACCACAGAUCGACAUCGUGCCAACACUUUCGCUACUUUUAGGUCAACCUAUACCGUUCAACAAUUUAGGCUCAGUAGUACCUGAGGCAUUUGAGUCAUCCGCAUUACUCCUUCGCGCAUUACGAAUCAAUGCAUUACAGAUUCAUAAAUAUUUUGAUGAAUACGCAAAGGUCUCGAGUGAUCUUCAGCCGUUCCAAGACGAUCUUCGAUCCGCAUGGUAUGAGGCAUUAAGAAAGGAUGCUCAAUUGGCCAAUGCUGCUCGUGGCCAGAAGAAAGACCUGGAGAUAGAGACCGCUCAAGCUUACCUUUACUUCAAUCGAUUAGCCUUGGUGAAGGCUAGGAGUGUUUGGGCGAAAUUCGAGAAUGUCAAGAUCGUCCUCGGUCUUUCGAUGUUGGUAUUGAGCCUACUUACCUUAAUUCGAAUCAAGUCGUUCUCUACAAGUCAAGAAGUCGAGGUGGUGCUAGGAGAAAUUGUGAAGAAAAGUAUUCCUGGAGUCUUGAUCGGCGCCGUGAUUGGAUUUGGCGGAAAGAUGUUCUCAUUGUAUGCAUUUCCGGUGCUCAUCUUCCAGACUUUGGAACUUUGGGAAAGUGUGUUGGCCGGUCUCGUCUUGGGAUCGCAAUUCAGCCUAUUGUCAAGCCUGAACACAUCAGACAAAACGAAUAAGACAACCAUUUCUUCAGAUUGGUCAAUCUUGGGAGUUUUGCUGCCUGUCCUACACUCAAUUGCAUUCUCAUCCAACAGCUUUACUGUACAAGAAGACAAGGUCGUUCUAGCAUUAGCAGUCAUUGUACUGUUGUACCGAGGCAUUCAAGGUUACCUGAAUAGUCCGACCACAAGAUUAAAAAUUCGUACGCCUAUCUUAGCGAUUGCAAGCGCAAUUGCAAUUCGGGUCGCCUCUGCAAGUAGAGUCUGCCGAGAAGAGCAAGGGCCACAAUGUUCAACGACAUUUUAUAGUCAAACAGAUUCUACUCUCAACAGUCCGAUCGUCAUCUUGGCAGCUUAUGGUUCAGCUCUCGCCAUGCCAGCUUUGCUACAACAAGCCUUACAUGCCAGUCGAUCCGAUGGUGGAGUUGCUCCAUUAUUCUUCACGUGGAUGCUACGGCCUGCUCUUCUGGCAGGUGCAGGCUAUUGGUUCGUUGACUGGCUCAUCACAGCGGAUGUGUUGGGAACGGUGAGUGAGAGUGAAGGUAACUCGUCAAGCGUGCUGUCGAUUAUGGAAACUGCAAAGAUCGCUUUAGCAAGAGCUGAUUUUGCUUUGAUCGUUGUGAUCGCAUUGGCCUUUUGGAUCUUCAGCCCACUGUGCUUAGAAAUGAAGCAAGAAGUGGUACCAGCAACACAAGCAAAGAAUGCAGACAAUGCUAGCAAUCAGCCCACUACACGCAUCAUCGUCUUGGGAUUUGCAAACUCAUUCGGAUCAUCGUACUUGAUCUUGCUAUCGCUUGUUUUCGCUCUUCACUUCUUGAUAGCUCAGCCUAUGGGACAAGUAACUUUGAGCUUGAUUAUGCUUGUUGUGGUAGCAUGUGCUGAGCUGGGCGAUCAUGAAAGGGAUGGUGAGAUUAUGCAAGAAUCUGAACAGGCAAUCCAACCGCCAAGGUCUGCAAAACCUGUGACCAUGCUUGAGGUUUCCACAUUGGCAUUGAUAGGAUUUGUUGCUUUCUUUGCUACCGGACAUCAGACUACAUUUGCUUCCAUUCAAUGGCGAACCGCUUUUGUUGGGUUUAGUUCUGUCCAAUAUCCAUUCUCGCCCAUCCUGGUUGUUCUAAACAGCUUUGGUCCUGUGGCUUUCUUGCCUGCAUUGUCAUUACCAUUACUGGUCUUAUGGAAUCUAGCACCUCAACCACGAUCAAAUAUCCAACGUAUGCCAACGAUUCGACAUCUUUUACAAGCAAGUCUUUCGUUCAUCUUUUAUCAUCUCGUCAUCACACUCUCAAGCGCAAUCUUUGCCGCUCAUUUUAGACGUCACUUGAUGUUAUUUAAAAUUUGGACGCCAAGGUUUAUGACAGGUGCAAUCAGUUUGCAGAUUGUUUUCUUUGGCUUGAUGUUCGGCAUCAUUGCUGCAGGUAAUGUGAUGAAUAAGGUCACUGUCACUUUUGGCUCUCAAUUCUAG